CAUUGCGGCGACAUAAUGCGUCCGGUAAGCGAGACAUCUCGAGACUCAUAGAAGGUCGCGCAUGUGUGGCAAUGCUCUUGAACUCUUUCUACCAUCAUCUCUUUGUCAGGCUGACAAUUGCUGACAAUCGAGUCUUUCGUACAAAACAAGUCCUUCUCGGUUGCGCAUGUAUUCUCUGACCCAGAGAGCUGGCAGCUUGAACAUGCAUGAAGAGGGCCCUAGAGAGUCAGACUCUAAGCAAUAUACCCAAUCGGAACACCUCUCUUCGAAGGGCAUUAGAUCACUGACAGGCGACUCGGAGAAGGUGACGAUAAGUGAAGUUACUCCACAAGUGUCCGACCCGGCUCCUCCUGAACAAGCCGAGACAGUGCCCGCAGCUUCCACUCUCAGUCCCGAGGCUUGGGCCUUCUACGUGGGUCAUGCGUCAAAGAGCCGCACCAACUUUGUGGAGUCUUGGAAUAUGCAAAUGGAUAGCCUCCUUCUAUUUGCUGCUUUAUUCUCUGCAGUUGUGUCGGCCCUCGUUUCCACAACAUAUCCCCUACUGUCUCCCGACUCGGGAGAUCAGAGUGUUCGCCUGCUGCAGGAGAUACUUCUGGCUCUCCAAUCGAACGGCAGUACAGGGAACCUCACAACAGGAGCGAUUUCAAGUCCCAACGCCGGAGCAUUCGCUCCACAACCUUACGCCGUGCGCGUGAACGCCGUCUGGUUUGCAAGUCUCGUGGUCAGUGUUUCUGUCUCAUUCCUUGCCAUCCUCGCCAAGCAAUGGCUCUUCAACAUCAGCGAGCGAUUGGAUCCAUCUCCAGAAACCUGCGGUCGGCAACACCAAUAUCGUUUCCACAACAUCCGAACAUGGAGGUUGACAGCUAUCUUGGCGUCUCUCCCUGUUCUCCUGCACAUAUCGCUUCUACUCUUCUUCACCGGGCUCAUCGAUAUGCUGUGGGCUGUCAACGAAACAGUGGGUGCGGCAGUAACGAGCCUGGUGGGUGUCACAGUGGUCAUCUAUGUUGGCACCCACAUGCUCUCUCUUCUCUUCCGAACGUGUCCCUACAAGUCGUCGGUGACCACUGCAAUCCUCAGCGGCACAAAAGCACUUGUCUCGGAGCUCCUCGCUGACAUGAUCUUCAUUCUCCUCUAUUUCGUGGGUACUGUGGCAGUGGCACUGUUGCGACUCACUCGCUGGUUCAGGAUAUACGACCAAAGCGGGACAUAUUUCGCGUGGUUGUCGACCUACACGUCCCAAGCAUCAUUUUGGCGCAGGGAUCUCAAGCUUGAUUACGACAGGCAACUGAUUUCCUACGUUGAUCCACGGGCACGGGAACAUGCAUACAUCAUGAAGCAUACUGAACUCAUGGAUGCCUCUAUACUGGCCCAGAUGGUCGAAACAUUCCCUCGUACCGAAGAGACCACGGAGCUCAUCAUGGGCGAACUCAUUCGCUCGCUCUUUCUCCCCCGGUACAGACGGCUCUUUCUCGCUGCUGGGGUGGUUCCCUUCGUGGCGCAACGGCUCCGCUCUAUAUACACAGGCCGAUUCAAGGAGCUUCCAUCUGCCACACAACCCGAAAUCUUGCACCACACCAGAGUCCUUACCCAAAUCCUCACCGAAUGCGAUGAAGACAACCGGCUCACAGAUCUAUCAGACAAACGCAUGCCCAUCUACUUCAGGGGGUUACUUGAGGAAUACUCGGAUGAUGCGGGGAAAUCGCUCAUAACACUGUCGCUCUGCAUCGCUGAUGCUGCCCUCACCGACACCGACCACAUCGUCUUCUUCUCGUACAUGCUCCGACUGCAGCUCGCCGCCUCAUCUACCAGCUGGUAUGUCCGCGACAUCUGCAAGUCUGUCCGAGACUUCUAUAGCCGCCUCGCCAACUUCCGUGGAUUGCGCGAGCUGAGCAGUGAUGAUCAGCUGUCGCUCGUGAAUACAGCGAUCUACAUUGGGACCCGGCCUGUCCAGCUUGAAGCCCACGCGUCGAGCGACGAGGUGGAGAAGGCACGCAACGAGAAUAGGAUCGUGGCACUCGAUACGUUAUCUGCUCUCACGACGAACAAUCCAACGAUGGAGCACGCCGCGCUCCAACAGAUCUCCUGGGGUAUGUGGAUGAUGUGCGACCCAGACUCUGACACGGUCUUCUUCGAUCGCGAUCUGCUCGUCCCCCGCGUGCGGAGAACUAUGAAGCUAUCGACAAACCUCGCCCGAUACCUCUCUCCGAACUACGACUUCUCCGCGUACCCUCACGCAGUCCUCACUCUCUUGGAACCACUCCUCUAUCACAAAGGCCACCCAGGCCACCCGGCUGACGAAUCGACACAGACCGACCGUCUGCAGCUGUUGAAGACACUGGUCACCAAAUACCCGCUUUUCUUGGAUGAAUUCCGCGCGCAACUCCACUCUGCCCUCGAUGAAAUGGACACCCUCACGAACCCGUUGUUCCAGCUCUCACCGCCUAAUCUACUUCGCCUCAUCCGAAUGAUAGUCAGAGUGUCACUCUGCCUGGCUUACUUCGACUGGCCCGAUCUGGAUGUGACUCUCCCGGACCGCGAACAACUCAUACGCCAGACGCUGGACAUACUCUUGCAGGUCUGCGAUCAUAAUCACAGGACAGAGUCUGAUGCCUGGGAAGGCAUCUACUCGCUUGCGUACAGUGCUGCUUCUCAAUUUGCGAUGCUGCAGAUCGAGAAGUCCUCUACGGGACCGACACUCCGGCAGUACACCAACCCAGACGAUCUGGAGUUCGACAUCGGUUCCCCGGAGAGCGUCGCCUCGUCAAUGACAUCCGUUUUGGAGAAGGGAUCCGAGAUACAGGAGUUACAGGAACCACCGGACGUACUGAGGACCAUCCUCUCCAUGAUCGCCUUGCAGUCCGGCCGACUCUCCGUCCAAAGCGCGACGAAAUACCCCCUUGGCGUAUUCCGUCAUUUCUUUGACCAGUCUCCACGUCUCACCGACGCCUUACAAAUCCUACAGCGGAGCAAGCAAUGUCAUGCGGAGGCAACGCGGGCUAUCGAAGCUCUGCAGCAGGACGCACUGAUCUGGCAGACCUCCAACGCUCCUCCACGGGACGAAUCGCUGUACCACGACAGCCUAAUAUCGCGUGAAGAGAGCCCCGGUAACCAGCAGACGUUGGGUGUAGCGGUAGGUGACUUGACGUCGCAGACAGCGGAUUGAGCUCUCAGCGAGACGUACCGGUAGAAUACGGCGCACUUAUACCCGGGUACCUAGCGAAGGGAGACUGACCGCAUAC